AUUUCUCUUUUCUCAAAUCGUUCAAUUUCCUAAAUUUCUCUCAUCUCUCUCGCUACUAUACACGAAAUCCAGUUUCUAGCGUUUUCUUCAUUGUUCGUUUGAUUUCUCAGAGAAAAACAAUACGUUGUUGAAUCGAGAAGAUGUCGUCAUCCACCGGAUUCUUCCCGCAUCAGAGGAAUGCACACCGGAACGCAAACGCUGGGACGACGUUGAAGAGACGAAUCGACAAUCGCGGUUGCGGCGGCUCUGCCAGCGGAGUUUUCCAGGAGGAUCGGAUCCAUUACGCACCGCCGCCUCAGAAACGCACCAGAUUCCAACCGCAAACGCAAUCCCAAUCCAGGAUUCCUCUGUAUCGUGAUGGUAGUAACUUGUCUAGGGUUUCAAAUUACGGUGAUGUGAUUCGUUCUAAUUCAAGCAAUAGCUUUCCUCUUACUUUACGUAAUAAUGAUUCUUCUUCGCAAUCUAACACCGAUUAUCAGAAACCUUUUGGUUGUGGAAACCCUAACUCUAAUUCCCAAUCUGUUCCGCGUCCUUUACCUUAUCGUAAGCUAGAUGAUUUCGAUUCGUUACCCGAAUGGGUUCCAAACCGGUUGAAUUUUCCAAUUAAAUCUCCGAAUUUCGUACCGGACGUAACUGGAGUUCGGUUUAACGCUCAAGCACCUGUGUUUACGAAUGUUUCAAAUUCAACGCCUUUGAAUCACUCGAACAUGGUUUCAAUUGUGACACAAGCAAUGCCUCAACAACCAAUUUUGAGCAAAGACUUGUCUGAUUUACUUACCCUUUUGAAUAACGAGAAAGAGAAUCAAAACAAAGAAUCUCCUCUUGGUCUCGAUUUCGGUUCAGUGAACCUUAAUGUUCGUAACGAAUGUGUGAUUAAGUCUCUGUAUUCCGAUAUGCCGAGGCAAUGUUCUUCGUGUGGGGUUAGAUUCAAACGUCAAGAAGAUCAUAGCAAUCACAUGGACUGGCACGUGAGGAAGAACAGGAUGGCCAAAGGCGCGACCAAAACCGGUACGAGGUCGAGCAAGAACCCGAAGAAAUCGCAGGUUUUGUUUGCGAGCUUGUCUCUAUGGCUCCUUGCAGCUACAGGAGGGACGAUCGAAACCCUGAAUAGGGGAGAAGAAGAGGGAAAUUCACAGCAGAUGGAGCAACAUACCGUGCCUGCUGAUGAAAACCAGAAGCUUUGUGCGUUAUGCGUUGAGCCGUUUGAAGAGUUCUUUAGCCAUGAAGAAGAUGAGUGGUUGUACAAGGAUGCUGUUUACUUGAACGUGAAGGAGUUGGGUCCUAUAGUUCAUGUUAAGUGUAUGCCUGAAACCCGAGAAGGGUCUGGAAGGGAUUCGAGAGAGACGAUGUUGAGGCCUGUUACGGUUCCAUCGGUUGCGAGUGCAUUGGUCUGCUGAUUGAGUUUAACAUAGGCUAAGAGUGUUCAGAGAUUUGAUUCAGUUUUUCUCUUUUUCUUUUUUCUGCUAGUGAUUUGAUUCAGUUAUUCCUAUGUUUUUACUAAUGUACUUGAAUAAAUCUCAGUAAUAAAAACGUAUUAAGUA